AUGGGCUGCGGGGGGAGCAGGACCGACGUUCUGGAGCCUCGCUACCUGGAGAGCUGGACCAAAGAGACCGAGUCAACAUGGCUGACCAACACAGACACUGAUAUUCCCCUAUCGUCCAUCCAGAGCAUCCCCUCUGAGCACUCGGAGGCCAGCUUCACUUCUGAGAAAACAAUCAGUCCUGUUCCAGAUUUCUUUGAGGAUGGCCUCCCUCCUCCUGCUCAGGCAUAUCUGAAGGUCUGCUCAGCUGUAUCUGAAGCCAGUCUGAACGACGUUAAACCCAGCAGCCCCCCUGCAAUACUGGCCUCCCCGGCCCAGGAGGCAGUGUUAGCGUCAUCUGGCACCACAGUGCAGCGCAGGAGCGUCCUGCACACUGAGGAGAUUACAAAAUGGCAGGACAAUCGGAUGUCCACCAAGCAGGUGACCAUCACAGUAACACAGAGCAUCCAUCAGGUGGACAAGAACGGAAAAGUGAAAAAAUCCCUCACCACUUACGAGGUUAUGAAACCUGUGGAGACCCUUAAACAGGUGGCCGCACAAAACACCUGAAUGCAGGGAAGAGGGGAAGAAGCC